AUGCAAUCUGUCUUUCAGGUAGGAAACGAUCACCAGAAACCAAAACGAAACCGUGUUUCACUUAACUGCUUAUCUUGUAAACGGCGUAAAAUCAAAUGUGAUCGAAAAAAGCCGUGCGGGUCAUGCGUCAAGUAUGGUUCCGCUUGUGAGUACCUGCAACCAGUAUGGAAUCAAGCUGAGGAGGAUGAUCAUUUUGGUGUGCAGCGGUUGAAUUACAGGAGUCUUGAAAAUAGUCGAAAUGGUGAUAGUGCUGUUAAGAAACGUAAGACUAGUAACGGGGAAAAGAGAGCCAGUGCUGUAGUUAUCGAAGGCACGGAUACAGUUUCUAAUGUGGUUCCCCCAUCUGAGGCUAUAUCUGGUGAUGUUUUUGCUCAGUUAGAGUUUCUCAAGUCGAAAUUACACGAAUUGGAAUCAAAAGUGCACGAUGGACAUUCUUCUCAUGCAUCAUCUAGCAAUUCGACACCAGUAUCAGAAAAGAAACCACUUGAUUGGGAACAUAUCACUUCAUCGACCCAAACGGAGUCACAUAACCCUACGUUUAUUGGAAUCAAUCUAUACAACGACAUGAAUUUUAACGAAACCAUCAACUUUUAUGCAGGCUAUGCUCCAGUUCAUGUUCAGGAUUUGGCUAGACGAUACAACCAUGGUCCAUUUUCUUGGUUGACAUUGUUGAAAAAGGAUCCUGCCCAGAGCCAAAUUUGGAAAUACUUGCACUCUGUUCGACAAGAAAAUCGUCAGAGAAUACGUCAAACCCCUCGCGCUGCACAAAUACCACCUUUGCUUCAUGUGUUCAAAGAAAGCGGUGACCAUUCGGGUCCCAAGACUACCCAAAGCUGUUGUGGUCCCGAUGGUGUUGAUAAAGAUGAAUCUGAUAAAUCCGGUCACUGUCAAAGUAAAAAAAAAGAUCGUGGUCAAGAAUGGGAGUUUCGCGAACGAGCAAUUGAUCGUGAUGGGUUCAACGAUUUGAGACUUUAUGGAAAUGUUCGCACCAAUUUUAAACAGCUGGGGAUUAGAGAAGGCACUAAUGUCGGUUCCAAUCCUGCUAAACUAUCAAAAAUAAAUUCACCACUGCCGCCGGCAGCAACAGCAAAUGAAAAUAUAAGCACCAAAAAAGACGCUGCUAUCACUCCUGAACCCGAAAAAAAAUCAAGAGGUGCCAUGUCUUUUGGCAAAGGUAAAAUUGAAGAGGAACUAAACUUGAUUGAGAAUUUGAGAGACUAUCUUCCGAAGCAAAAGGUCAUUUGGAAAUCAAUUGAGUUAUUCUUUACUCACUUAUACCCCUUUUUCCCAAUACUUGAUGAACAAGAGUUUGUUCAAGAAAUGGAACGUAUAUUAGGACCCAAAGAUUAUAAUGAUACCAAAAUAACCGACUUGAAAAUUGAAAAACGAUUGGACCUUGCCUAUUUGGGAACAUUGUUCAUUGUGAUUCGAUUUGCCUAUGUGGCUCUAGUCACCAACAGAAGGACCUUAAUGGACAAAAAAUUGGCCAAUAAGACUGAUGAUAGACAUGAAUUAGAUGUACAAUACUUGUUGAAAAAUCCGGUUGAAAUGAAGCUUAUUGAAAUGGCAGAAUUAUGUCUUGACCAAUUUAACUUGAAUCGUAGAAGUGCACUCAUUGUUUUGCAAUGUACUUUUAUGCUUCGGUUAUACUACAUGUUUGGCCCCGAACAUGGAGAUGGUGCGGAUGGUGGAGACUCGCAGGUGAUUAAUGGAUUAAUGGUGCAAAUGGCGCUUGCCAUUGGGUUGCAUCGUGAUGGAUCAGUGGUUACAAAUGUAAAUGAUAUCAUUUCCGAUUCUAUUGAAGAGUGUGUUGCUGAAGAGGAUAGUGCCAGAGUUCAAAAUCUUCAUCGCAAAAUCUGGUUCUUUUUAGUCAUUUGUGAUUUGAUUCAAGGGUACCAAUAUGGUAAUCCCUUGUGUAUCAGAGAAGAGAUGUACGAUACUCGUUUACCUUUUUACCAACCAGGGAAUGAAAAUAUUGAUGAUAUCGAAAAGGAAAAACAUGCAGUUAGCACAUUUGCCUAUCUCGAAAAAUAUCGCACCAAGUUGGUUAAUAUUUUAAACACAUGUUUGAAUUUACAUAAGCCAGCUAAUUUGAAAACUUUGACUGGGUACAUAUCCGACUUUGAAGUGUUUCUAAACGACAACUUUGGCAUUAUGAAAUUGUUUCUCAUACCUUUUGACAAAGAUAACUAUGCCUACCCAUUUUUGAAAAUUAUGAAGUGUAAAAACUAUAUCAAUAUGAAGAUGUUUCUCAAUGGCUUGUUAGCCCACUUAUACAUCCAUUACGAGGCCCAAGCUAAUGAUCAAAAGCAAUCGCUAACAAAGCAAAAGAAACUGCAAUCAUUGGCUUUCUUCUACUUGCGGAAAAUUAUGGCUUCAUUGUACGGUGAAUUCCUACCUCACGUUUUUCAAUUGCUUUGUGAAAAUGCCAAAAACUUUGGUACUGAUAUCGGAAGUGAUUUGAUCUUGAAUCCGAUUGUUGAAUCAAUGUUGCACAAGAUUUCUCAAUUCAGUUUUGCAAUGUUGACGCGAUUGAACUCAACAAUUUACCUAAUGAGAUCAGACCCAGAGGCUCAUGAAGCUGGAAUGAAAUCUGGAUUUGAGUAUCGAGCCAAGUAUGGCAAAUUGGUCCAAUUGAGUCAACUUGUGGAACGGAUUUGUGAGAUUGUGAUUACGGCAAUGUCACGUUUAAGUCAACGAUAUUAUUAUGCAUGGAGAAUCACAAAAGCUCAUACAUAUAUCAUGACCCAUUGUAUGAAAAAUCAAGAGUUUUUUAAAUUAUUUCAUGAAAAGAAUCAGUUGAAGAAGUUUUUGGAAUGCGAUGGUGAGCAGUUGAAUGAACUAAUUGCUAUUUGUGAAAAGGGACAGAAACCAUACACAAAGUGUAGGAAAAAGUUUGCUAAGAUUUUCACCGAAACCAAUAAGGAAAGUGAGAAGCAAACUAGUAGACAUGAAGGUAAUGAAGAGUCAAGUGUAAAGCAUAUCUCCACUACAAAAAAUGCCAAUAGUGGGGAAGUAAACAUUAGCAGCAAUGACGACGACGCCAAAGUUCAUAGUCAUCAAAAUCUGGUUAGUUCAAAUGCCCCAAGUUCAACAACCGAGUACACAAACGUCGUUACCAAUCCGAUGUCAUCGGAGUCCUGGUCAAGCCUUGAUGAUUUCAACACCGUGUCAAACACUGAUAUCGAUAAUUUGUGGAUCUCGCUCAAGAUGAAAACUACUCCGUAUAUCAACGACAAUAACGGUGAUCAAAAUCUGGGUAACCUGGGUGAGCUUUCAAACGGAAAUGCAAAUGCCAUACCAGCAACCACGGCAUUUACACCGGCUGUUAUGACCCCCUUUUGGCAAUCUUUAGCUCAACCGUACAAUCAACAGCAAUCUCCACAACAGCAGCAAGAGCCACAGCAGGAAAACUAUCAUCAACCAGGUGUAUAUAAUGAAGAUGCUAACAACAAUAACCAAGUAAAUGAGACAAAUACCGGUCAGUAUGGUGCCGCUUAUCCUGGCAAUACCGGUAGUGGUGAAUUAAAGACAUUGAAUGAUUUUGACUUGUUUAAUAGUUUCCCAUUGGAGGAAAUGUUGGGCAUAGCUAGCAUGAACUUGCCAUAA